CGGCGGCGGCGGCGGCUGCGGCCGAAGGACGAUGAGGCACCGGCGGUGGCCCCGGAGAGCCCCGGCCCCGCCGAGCUCUACCGAGCGCUGGCGGCGGCCGGCGGGACCCUGCCCCGCGUGCGCAAGGACGCGGGGUUCAAGUGGGCAUCCCCGAGCCAGUCGCCGGAGGAGCACAGGAGGGUGGUGAUGCUGGAGAAGAAGGCAGAGGAAUCUUUCGGCUUCGAGAUCCAGACCUACGGGCUGCACCACCAGGACAGGAACAGCGUGGAGAUGUUCACCUUCGUGUGCCGGGUGCACGACGGGAGCCCGGCCGAGGCCGCGGGGCUCAAGGCCGGGGACACGAUCACGGGGGUGAACGGGCUCAACGUGGAGGGCAUCCGGCACCGGGAGAUCGUGGAGAUCAUCAAGAGCUCAGGCAAUGUUCUGCGGCUCGACACGCUCUAUGGGACGUCCAUCCGCAGGGCCGAGCUGGAGGCACGGCUGCAGUACCUGAAGCAAACCCUCUACGAGAAGUGGGGGGAGUUUCGCUCGCUGAUGGUGCAGGAGCAGCGGCUGGUGCGGGGUGUGGUGGCCAAGGACCCCAGCAUCUACGACACGCUGGAGUCCAUCCGCUGGUGCCUGCAGGGGGAGGGUCUCCCGGGGGGCUCCUCCCGUGCCAGCGGCAGCGACGACUCCCUGUACCAGACCUGCGUCUUCGCCUCUUCCGGCUCCUUGGAUGGGGACAAGGAUGGGGACGAGGACAAGGAUGAGGACAGCGGGGGUCCCGCGCCCCCUCCGCCUCGCCCCCGCCCCGCCCUGGCCCGCAGCGCCAGCCUCAAGUGUUCGGGGGGCCCGGGGGCUGCGGGGAGGCUUUGGGCCCGGGCCGGGGACCCCGCGGAGGGAGCGGCCGCCCCCCGCAAGAGCCGGCACAGCAGCUUCCGCCGCCGGCUGCUCAAGUUCAUCCCGGGUCUGAACCGGGCGCUGGAGGAAGAGGAGAGUCACCUCUAGCCCGGUCCCACCGCCCCCCACCCAGGACUAUUUAUUUAUUUAUUGCGAGGGGUUUCUUCAUUUUCCUCAUUGCCCGGCGCCCGUCCGCGGGGCGCUGCAGGAAGGAGGUUUGUGUUCCACCGACGCAGCACCAAGGGACAGACGUGAGGACGCUCCUGAAGCGCAGCUGGCGCUGAUCUCGGGACCCCCGGAGCAGCUUUAUUCCCCGGAGGGGAUCCCCGCGUUCCCCGGCUCGGGGCGGGGCUGUGGGGGUCCCACCCCCGUUGUACCGCGCCGGUGCUCGCCAAUACAGAGACGAUUUGCGGCGA